AUGACAGCAGUUGGUACAAAGGACAAAAGUGUGGGCUGGUUCCAGCCUGAGCUGGAGGAUGUCAAUCCCCAAGCACGGUCGGUCCUUGAGACGUACUGCAACAUACCCUCGGCUGAGGUUGUGCCGCAUGUGUUGAGAAUCCGAGACAAAGCUUGGGAAGUCUUUCCAUACCCAUGCAUUGGCCAGUUUCGCUUUCUGGACAUGCCUCUAGGUGGCUUUGAUGAAUAUCCCGAGAUCGUCCAGAGACUCAAAUCUGGCAACGACAAAUAUCUCGACCUGGGCUGCUGCUUCGGACAAGACAUUCGCAGACUGGUUGCCGACGGAGUACCCAGCGAAGCUCUGAUUGGCAGUGACCUCCAACAAGGAUUCUUGGACCUUGGGUUUGACCUCUUCAAAGAUAAAGAAAGGCUUCACAGCAAAUUCAUUGCCGCAGAUGUCUUCGAGUCUCAGUCGAAACUCACACCACUGGAGGGAAAUAUCGACGUCAUCCACGCAUCGUCUUUCUUCCAUCUGUUCGGUUAUGAGGGACAGAAGAAGAUUGCAAGACGCGUAAUCCAACUGCUCAGACCAAAGAAGGACUCGCUGCUGGUCGGACGCCAAGUGGGCAAUGUCAAGGCUCACGGAGAAGAGUCAUCUGCUAGCGGAAGCGGUAACAUGUUUCUGCAAAACGUAGAGUCAUGGCAGCAAAUGUGGAAGGAGAUUGGUGAGGAAACAGGCACUGAAUGGGAGGUCAAAGCAAGACUAGAAGACUGGCCCUUGGUGGGCAACAAGGUCUCGUGGCAUACAGAGGGAACCAAGAGGAUAUUCUUUUCAGUCAGAAGGCUAUAA